UUCAUGUAUAUAUAGUUUUUAAAUGGUUUUAUGUUAAAAAGUAUUUACUUUUAUCUUUUUCAUAUCCUUGGAAAAAUGCAGGAAUACACAAUGCCAGAAUAUCUAUGUGAAGUGUUGAUUGUUGAAAUCUUCACAAGAUUACCACCCAAAUCUCUACUCCGAUUUAGUUCACUCUCCAAGUCAUUAUACUCUAUUAUCUGUAGCCCCAAUUUCAUCCGCAUUCACACUUUUCGAUCCCCACAAAAAAUCCUCAUCAGACACACAAAUCGUGAAAUCUUUUAUACAUUACAUUCAGAAGAGCAUCUGGCAUCGUGUACCAGUGGUAUAUCAGCCACCAACUUUCCUUACAACAGCUAUUACUGGAUUGUUGGUUCAUGUAAUGGAAUUCUCUGUCUAUAUGAUAAUUCAGAUGAAAACCACGUUAUUUUAUGGAAUCCAUCAAUUAGGCGCAAACUAAACCUGCCUAUUUGUCCUCUUAGAUGCUUUCAGAUCGGGUUUGGUUUUGACCCAAUUACCGAUGAUUACAAAAUUGUGAGUAUUCCCAAAUAUUAUGGAGGAGGUCGUGGUCGUGGAAUUACACAAAGCUCAUUUGUUUACACUAUGAAGAAAGGUUGUUGGUGUGAGAUUGGUUUCCCUUCUUCUUCUUCUUCAUCUGCCUAUGGUGUGUUAUCAUUUACGUGUUUUGUGAAUGGAGCAUUGCAUUGGGUGGUGGUAAAAGAUUAUUUAACUGAUUCAAAUGAUGAUGUAGGCCGAUAUAUACUAACAUUUGAUUUGAGCACUCAUGUUUUUGGCAUGAUAUCAUUACCAGAACCAAAUUGGGAAACCAGACACGUAACAACCAUCCAAGAUUCUCUAGCUGUGAUUUCUUUGAAACAUGAUCAAAGUUGGAUUUGGAUUAGGAGAGAAGCCUCUUGGUCUGUGGUUUAUAAAUUUGUGGAAGGAGUAAUGGGAGUUUUGCAACUGAGCAACAAUUAUGAUUUGUUGGUACGUACUUAUGGUAAGACGCUCCAAAUUUAUAAUUCCAAGACAGGGGCGCGAUCAGAACUAGUUGGUUUUAAUGAUGUUUUUUACAGAGAUGACAUUGUUCUGUGUGUCGAAAGCCUUCAGUUACUCGACACAGGGAUUCCUGAUUUAAGUUGAUGGCUUUUACAUGUGUAGUAUUGGAAUUUAUAUUUCGUAUUCAGGGAUUUUUUUUUUUUUUUUUUUUUUUUUCAUAAUGCUUCCUUGAACCUGCUAUUGCAUUUAAAAUUUUAAAAUCCUAAGCCGGUGUUGAUUCAAAUUCAUUCUAUAAUGAUCUUAUCUAAGUCGAGUAAAUAAAUUUAAGUCUAUAUUUAUGUAGAGGGGAAUAUAAGAGAGCAAUUUGAAGCAUCUUGAAAUCAUAAAGUUGUGAUUUACGAUGAGUGUAUGCAUCAACAGAUUCAAGACCAGUGGGAGUUAAUAGAUGAAUGCUUUUGAAUAUACUAAAAUCAA